CUUCAAUUCUCUCCUCUCACUCUUUGUUCUUCAACUCUCAAGUAUCGUACUCUGCUUGAGAGAGUUUUUCUCUUCUCCUUGUUUGGUCUCAUCCUAAAGAAGAAAAAGAGAAAGCAAUUAGAAGAAGAGGGCAAAACAAAAUGGCUGGUGGUGAUCCAAAACCAAUUGCUCUUCAAGACAACGAAGAUGAGGAUAUUUUCUAUGACGCUUACUCUGAAGAAUAUCUUAUGAGCCUCAUGUCUAACCCAAAUCCUAAUCUCAUGGACUUACCCUUCAGCAAAAAUACUCUUCUUGCCCCUCCUCCAGCGCCAGCCUUGGAGAUUAACAGAACCGCGUUGUUGGGAGAUCCUUCGGUUUUAAACGCUCAUGGGGACACCAUCAAAGAGUAUCUUAAAUCACUUAGAAUCGAUGAUGAUUCACUUACUGUGAACACGUCGGAUACACUUAGUGAUGAUAUCAACGAAUACAUCGAUUAUACUGACCUAGGAGAGAUUGGUAAUGAAAAUGUCGGAGAGAGCGGUAUUCUUCAGGCGAAUGCUCACGUUUUUGCGGAAAAUACUAUGAACUUUGAAACCGGUGGUGCAUCGGCGAUGCCUGUCCCGGUGAUUACACCAACACCGACCAUCUCUCAAGGACUUUUCUUAUGCACCUAUUGCAACCUUCUUCGACAACUAGUCCAUGCUAAUGGUCAGGAGAUGAUGAGACUUGAUCUCUUUGGAGGGAUUGGAUACUUCUGCCAUGCGGUUAUCGAGACUCGACGUUUCGAUGGUUCAAACGAACUUCGAUACCAAAUGAAUUUAAAGAUGGAGGAUGUGAAGAAAUUUAUUGAAGGUUAUUGUGCGGCUAGGGCAGCAGAAGGUUUUGUAAUAAUGCAAGACACUAAUGCUGAUUUCUAUCAAGCUAUGAAUGCUUGUACCACAAGCAGCCAGUUACUUAUGUCGACGUUGCCACCACGUGUUGAUAUUCCAAUGUCUUUGGCUGUGCCUAAUAAAUCUCUAAAUGUUGCAUCUGUGCCCCCUGCUGCGAAAGGAAAGCCAAGGAGACAAACCAAUCUCUCUGCACAGAGGAAGCGGACUAGGAGCUUAACAGUGAAAGACAUGAGCGAGCUUUGGGAUCUUCCCAUUGAAGAAGCGGCCAGAAAGUUGAGGAUUUGCACCACAGCGGUUAAAAAGAUAUGCCGGAGGGGAGAGGUAUUUCGAUGGCCACGCCGGAAGCUUGCAAGUCUGCGGGAGAAAGUCGCGGCACUAAAGAUUGUUGUAAGCCAAUCAACCGAUGUAGGAGUACGGGCUCGAGCUGAAGUGAAGAUCGAGAAUUUUGAAAAACAGAUUGAUGCUAUCUAUAGUAAAGCACGCUAAAACGCUGAAGAGAGUUUUAGAUAAUCAUAGACUACUUGCAUUGAUUACUACUUCCUUUGGUCAUCUUUAAGUAUUGUCACCAUUACCAGUUGGUUUUGAUGGAAUGUUUGUACUACAGUUUAUGCCUCUUGUCUCGACAUGAGAUAUACAUUUGGUUUGUCAUCACUUUUCUUUUGAAAACUAUACGUUAUUGAACGAUUUAUGUCACUUAUCUCUGCAUGAUAUAAACUUGUGUUACCUUCAUUCACUCUUUCUUCUUUUUGGAAAGUUAUGAUAUUAAACGAAAAAUUAUAAAUAUUUGCAAUCACGCUAAUAUAUUAAUAUUGUCAAUUUCAUCCAAAUUACUUGGAA